CGGGAUCUGGAGAACAACAUGAACAGGGAGCUGAAGCCACCAACGGCGCCCAAACUGCUCCACCUGAACGUGACAAGUGUGGAGCAGGAACCAGAUCCCCUGCCAGUGGGUCCCUUGACGCCCGAGGAGACCCAGGUGCUGCUCCAAAAGCUGAGCAUCAACAAUCCCUUCUACCGCUUCCGCAAGCAGAGCAACUCCUUGAAGGAGCUGCGGCGGAAUGGCAAGGCAACUUCCGCCUCGGUCCGCUCCCGAUCCGAGACGGAUCUGGGCCAGGUCAGUGGACAGCAGUUGUUACCACCACAUCAGCAGAUGCAGAUGCAGCAGCAGCAGCACAGUGAAGCCAAAGUUGUAGUUGUACUAGAGAGUAAGCAGCAGCAGGAAGUAUCCAUAAGUAGGCCUAGGAGUAGCGUUAGCCUUAAGACUAGAUCAGUAAGCAGCCUAAGGAGCCCCUCCGCCAACCAGACGGCGGGGGACAGCUCCACGGUGAUCACGAAUCCCUUCUCCAUAUUCCACGACGAUGAGAUCCUAACUUUAAGCGUGAAUACGCGACUGAGGAGUGCAGGGCAUGCUAGGAAUUCCAGACCCCCAAGACCCCAGGGUAGGGGCUUGAGGAGACUUUUCGAGUCCACUCGUAGUCAGAAUCCCCCCUCCGAACACCACUAUCUGCAUGGAGUGCCAGUGCGGCGCUUCGAGCGGCAGGACUUUGACAACGAUCCUGGGGAUUUGUUGGGUGGCAGAAGGACGAACACCUCCAGUGGUAAACCCAAGCGAUCAAGGGCCAUCUUCAAGCAGCUGUCCCUGAGAAAGCUGCACCAGCGAGGAGGAGGAGGUGGAGUGGAGGAGCCACCUUCGCUGCCCAAGCUCAAGCUGAGCUAUCCCAACCGGACGCACAGCAUCCAGAGCAUGAGGGCCUCCGGCGCCGGUGGCUAUGACAUCCAGCACACCACCGCCUACCAUCCGAGACUUAACCACUCCACCUCACCGGUGACCAAGGCCAAUUACUUCGAGCGACUGCAGGCCAAGACGCGUCAGGGUAUCCAGAAAAUACGCGACAAGUGCCGGAACUUUAAGACUUCGAGCGGUGGGGAGGGAGGCUCCCUGGGCGGCUCCGAGUUCAGUGGCUUCCACACCCUGGCCAAAGACGAGAGCUUCCGUUUCAUCAGCGAUCGGGCGCACAUCUCCAGCUACGAGUCGAGAUGCAAACAAGCCACUAUCUACAAGAGCUACAAAUCGGAGAUCGAUCUCAGCAAGAACCUGCAUUAUCUGGAUGCCUAUUUGGAGCAGAACUUUGACCACCAGCUCAGCACGACCAAGGAGUCGGCCCAUUCGGUGGGUCGGGUGAGUGGAGCCCAGCGGAGAGCCCUGGCCAAGCAGCGACCCGAUCCUGCUCCAGAGACUCCUCGUCGACCAAGACACAAACGAAGUCAGUCGCAGGCGGCCAACUAUGGUGCUAACUACGAAAACCUUGGAACCCUGCCCAUUGCGUCCAAGUCGAAGGCGAGGAGCUCCGCCCUCAACUCGGACUCGAUGAGCAGCUCCGACUACGCCUCGGUGUUCAGUGGGCCCACUACAAACAACAGGCAGGAGCUAGGAGCGGAGGAGGAGGCCAAGGACUUUAAACUGCGCUACGAGCACCCGGACAAAAUGUGCGAGUACUACUUUGACAACCUAACGAGCUAUGCUUUGGCUCUGGAGGAGAGUGAGGACUUGCUGCUGGCGGAAAGCGCGAAAUCAGCGAGAUUCUUUUACGACGACGAGGAGGAGGAUGAUGAGGAUGCAGCCGGAGGGGCGACAGAAGGAUUGGUUGACGUGGAUGCGGAGGAGGCGGCUGGUGGAAGGCCGGAUUAUAUGGCACGCGACAUACGCAUUCGCGUCAGCGUGAACGAAUGCGAAGACGCUGAUUGGCAUCAGCCGGCGAGUGCGACAUCCUAUAAUGAGAAUCUGGCCGAGAGCACAUUCUACCAGUCCCUCAAUCAGCAUUUGCAGCGCCAGGAGGCGCCAGGCGACGAUGUCGUGGGUUUGGAGGAGCAGAACCUCCUAGUGGGCUGCGAGAGCUACCUGGAGCACUACCAGCGACAACGGGGCCAGAACUACGAGAGGGCCUAUCCACGGGGUGAGUUCUACGGAUUCGGAAGGAGUGCCGGAGGAGAAGGCGGGGAACAGCCGGAUGCGGCCAGACAGAGGCGGGCGGACCUCAUGGAGGCCCACUACGCCCGCAGCUAUCAGUCGGGGGGCAGGAGCCAGAAGGGCAGGCCGAGGACCCAGAACCAUGGACUGCAGAUGGAGAUGGAGCGACAGCACGCAGCAAUCCCGGCUUCAGCAGCAGCAACAACCGCAAUGCCAGCUGCAACAGGCAGUGUCAUCAAUUUGGCGCUGCCGGGACAAAGCGGGGAUGUACUCUAUGCCACCAGCAGCAAGCAGCAGAUAACGAUGGCGACGCCGACCACAGGGCCACAGUUCCAUCAGCCUAAGCCAGAGCCGGUGGCAUUGGGAGGAGCAGCGGUGGGAGUAGUAGGAACACCAAUUGCAGCAGCAGCAACAUCGGUCCCUGGCAGCUCAGCCGGAAAUGCAAACAAUCGUUUUAUGCUAGAGAAUUUGCGCAAAUACUAUGCGAAUCAGCAGCAACACCCGCCCGCGCACUCGGUUAACUCCUCCUCGCUGUCCAACUCCUCCUCGUCGAACUCAUCAAUGUCGCAGCAACAACUAAAGCUCAAUCUGAACCUGCAACCCACCGCGCCCAAAGUGCAGCAACAACAUUUGGGCAACCGGCGAAACUCGAGCACCUCGAAUGCCUCCUCGACCGCCGACAACUUCGACACCUUCAUAACGUUGCGCAAUGCCAGUGGAAAUACGAGCACGGAUUAUAUGGCCAAACAGCAGCAGAGCAAACAUCGUCGUGGCAAGCAGCAGCAACAACAGCAGUCCGUGCCACUCACCUCCGCCCUGAACUAUUACGGACACGGUGCCACGCCCACACUGAAUCCCGCCCUCGCCUACAAUGGCAAAUUAACGGCCACCGCAAUGUUGUCACAAGUAAAUUUAAGCAGAGCAGCCGCUGCCGCAGCAGCAACAUCGUCCAGUGUAGCGGCAGCAGCAACAGCUGCCCCACUGCUGCCGCAUCAGCAACAUUCGAGGUCCACGUCCAAGGGAGAGGGCUUCAUCCUCGAAUAUGAAUGUUAGCCCCCGAUCGG